AGAGUAUCAAUUUAAUCAGUAGGUGUUCUAUCUUUCAGUGUGCAGCAUCUCCACGAUCAAACACGGUUGAGUCUGAUGGGGUAUGUAUCGGCAGGACAUACAAAUUAUUCUCCAGGUAGUUGAGGCAGCAAUACAUGUAAUUGCGAGAGGUUAACAUAUUCCCUUUGAAAAUAAAAACUGCUUUGACCUUCCGCUACUGCUUUGACCUUCUGCUCAAAUAUUCAAGGUCUGUAACCACUAAACAGUGUAAUUCUUUCUUACAGCCUUCCUUGCUCAAAACGUCAAGGUAUGAUCUGACAAAAGAAUACCCCAAAAGUCAGACAUACACUGAAGACAACAAGACACCGCAUGUCAUUUAUGAUGAAAUGGGAGUGAGCCAUAUGUAUGACUUAAGGAGCAAGUAGUUUGGCGCACAGAUGUAUGUAAUGUUUCCCCAUCCAUCCACAGACACGCUGUCAAUUCCGGAUGUAUGUAAUGUUUCCCCAUCCAUCCACAGACACGGCUGUCGAUUCUAGAUGUAUGUAAUGUUUCCCCAUCCAUCCACAGACACGGCUGUCGAUUCCAGAUGUAUGUAAUGUUUCCCCAUCCAUCCACAGACACGGCUGUCGAUUCCAGAUGUAUGUAAUGUUUCCCCAUCCAUCCACAGACACGGCUGUCGAUUCCAUAUGUAUGUAAUGUUUCCCCAUCCAUCCACAGACACGGCUGUCGAUUCCAGAUGUAUGUAAUGUUUCCCCAUCCAUCCACAGACACGGCUGUCGAUUCCAGAUGCGGGUGACAACGUCAUCAAGUCAAGAGGAGACAAGGACACGGAUCCGUACCCUCCUGGAGAGGACAUACACCAAUGGCACUAUAACCAUGGAAAACAAGUCCAACGACAUUAACAUCCGUCAUAUACCGCCAGGGAGUUGUCCUGAGCACCGACACCAGACCAGACAGGGCCUGUUUGUGUGGCCAGGCACCUGGGCCCCCCGGACUGCCACGCUGCCAUGUCAGGGAGACACCAGCAAGACAGCUAGCAGGCUCUGUCUGUUGGGUUUUCCAAUCCAUUGGGGUGUCCCAGAUCUGCACCAGUGCCCGUUUGUGGUUGAGACCAUUCCAGACCUAGACAACAUUGAUGUCACUCCUGAGAAUGCUAUGGAUGUGGUGGAGAUGAUAGAGGGCCUGCUGAAAGACCAUCCAGACCUCAACUGCACUGAACUGAGCACCAUUCUGAAGAAACUCAAAAACAUUGUUUUCAUCAGCUGUAUGACCCCACCUCUGGGCGAAGCUAUCAUCAACAUCAUCUCAGACAUCUUGGAGUCUAAGAGCUACCUGCAGCAUGUCACCAACCAAAUACUGGACAUUACAGAGAUGGUUGGCGACAAGAUGUCUUGUUUUGACCAGACAAAUUACACUUUGGUUGCUUCUGCGAUGGCAAUCUCCGUGGUGGACGUAGACCUGGGCCAGUUUCAGGUCCUCACUUUUGGCGUCUCGUCUGCUGCAGAGGGCCUAAGCCCCGAGAUUUAUAUCAACAAGGAUCCGUUCAAAGGGACUGUUGCAUUCAUCUCCCUACCCUCAGCCUUGAAGUACAGAUUUCCUCAACACAGUGGAGCCCAGCCGCGGGUUCAGUUUCAGUUUUAUGGAGUCCCAACUCUCUUCAUGAACAACCCGGAUGGGAAGAUCCUGAACACUUAUGUGGUCUCAGCCAGUGUCACCAAUGCCAGUGGCCCCAUCAAGGACCUAGAGGAGGAUGUAGAGGUGACACUACAUCACUUGACGUCCAAUCCACUUGGCAAGGAGGUGCAGUGUGUCUACUGGGACUUCAAUCAAAAUGAAGGAAGGGGAGGAUGGGAACAGCAUGGAUGCAGGAAGCACAACACCAGUGCUGACUAUACCACAUGCCUGUGUGACCACCUCACUCAUUUUGGAGUACUUCUGGAUGUAUCCAGGACUCAAAUCGACAUACCAAAUGAGGAAAUUCUGACCAUCAUCACUCAUCUGGGCUGCGGUGUGUCCUCCGUCUUCCUGGGAAUCACUGUGUUGACAUACACAGCAUUUGAGAAGCUCCGCAGAGACUACCCAUCCAAGAUCCUCAUUAACUUGUCUCUGGCGCUGCUGGGGCUCAACAUGGUUUUCCUGGUCAACUCCUGGCUCUCCUCCUUUGGCAGCUAUGGGCUUUGUGUGGCGGUGGCUUCCGCACUGCACUAUUUCCUACUGGCCUCUUUCACCUGGAUGGGCCUGGAGGCUGUGCACAUGUACUUUGCCUUGGUCAAAGUCUUCAAUGUUUAUGUGCCCUCAUACAUCCUCAAGUUCUGCUCCCUAGGAUGGGGAAUCCCUCUGGCUAUAUGCUGCGUAGUUCUGGUUGUGAAGAGAGAGUCCUACGGCAGCUCCCUCGGCAGUGAGUCCAUGGAACCACUAGAUAACUCCGAGGCGUUCUGCUGGAUCCAGGAUGAAGUGGCUUUCUAUGUGUCUGUGGUGGGCUACAUUCUGCUAGUGAUGCUGUGCAACAUGGCUAUCUUCGUGGUGGUCCUGGUCCAGAUCCGCCACAUGCGGGUCAAUCAGCCGGCUGGCAUCCAUAGCGGCCUCCUUCUGCAGGACCUGAAGGGGGUUUCCAGUCUCACCUUCCUGCUGGGUCUCACCUGGACUGUGGCUUUCUUCGCCUGGGGGCCAGCCAAGGUUCCCUUCCUCUACCUCUUCUGUGUCCUCAACAGUCUGCAAGGGUUCUUUAUAUUUCUGUUCCAUUGUCUGAUGAAGGAGAAUGUGAGAAAACAAUGGAGAAUCCAUUUGUGCUUUGGCCGCUUCAGACUCCAAGACUACUCUGAGUGGAGCCAGACUUUUACAGUUGGUGCCAAAUCCAGACCUAAACCUCUGGUGCGCAUGCCCUCAGUGAGGUCCAUCAAGUCCAGUGCCACAGAAAGCACCUCAGCCUCCUCCGACUCCAGUCAACGACAGGUCUCCAUCAGAAGACCUAACUUGAACCUUGUGUAUGAGAAUAACUUGGCACUACCACUUGUCCAACGCAACUCCACUCCUCUACCUCACAAGAGUGCCUCUUUCCCAGAGGAGGGGCACUGCGAGGGGCCCUCUUGGCAAGACGGAUCUCACCCAAGACAUCGGCUACCCAUUCCUUAAGACCUUUGAAAUACGGCAAGGAGGAACACCUUAAUUUGUGCUAAAUGAAUGAAUAGAGAAACAAAGAUUGUAACUUGUGCAAUCUGAAAUAUCAGACAAGGCUUGGUUCUGUGUAACAUGGCAGCUUUUGCUUUGACUCAAUCUGGGACAUGAAUGCACAUGUAUGAUAAAGCAACAUUUAGGACAUAAUAUGAAUGGUGUUUUUAAUUUCUACUUACUUUGUAGCAAAUUAAAAUGAAGUUCUUUGUGAUGAUCUAUCGGAUGAAUGAUGUCCUGUCCAUCUUCACUGAUCUAUUUAUUAUACUGAAGGUGUGACAAAUUAGACUAGUAUGCAUGUGUGCAAAACAGACAAUAAAUGACAUUGGCUGCAAUCUUUUUUAAA